CCCGCCCCGGCCCGGCCCGGCCCGCCCGGAACGCCCCGGGACGCGCGGCCCGCCUCACCUGGCGUCGCCGUCGCGGCGGCUCCCGCAGCCGGAGGGGCUUCGCGGCCGGCAGGCCAUAUCGAGCGCAGCGGCGGGGUACUGUGGCGCCGGGCUGCGUCCUCGGGCGGGGGUCGGGGGCCGGCAGCCGCGACCGUUCCCGCGCCGGCGCUGACAAGCUCUGCGCGCGCGCCCCGCCCCCAACCGCCUUUAUGCGCCGGCGGCCCCGCCCCUCCGAGCUCCCGCGCGCGCCGCGUCGGGCGAGACCAUCGGGCCCGGGCGGGCGGGGGAGUCCAGACGGCAGAACCCGCUCCGCGGGCUGCCCGACCCUGGGCGGGGCGCCGCCGGCCCGCAGCCCCGACGUUGCCUUCGGGGAGGCGGCGGACCGACGCCGUCCGAGUGGACGAGGAGAGGCCCGAAGAAAGCCGCCGCACCGGCCCGGCGCCGCUGGCCCCCGGCAGUCCUCCCCGCUGCGCAGUUUACUUCCGCCGCUUUCAGCGCCGCCUCCGGCUCUCUGACCCUCCCCCUCCCCCCCCUCCGUGCUCCACGGGCCCUCCAUGACCCCGACCCCUGCGCUUGGAGGCCUCACCCAGGACCCACGCCCUUGGGCCACCACAGCGUUCCCGCGGGGGCCCCUACAUCUAGAGUGCCUGCACGCUGACCCCAAGGGCCCUGGCCACAACCCCCUGCCCAGAACUGCUGGGCCCACCCCCUUGGGAGCCCUGGAAACGGACUUCUUGAGACCCUGGCCUGCAACGGGAAAAACGGAGGGUAAGGUUCCUACAGCGCCUGCCUCCCUUCUCAUUUUAAGCAAAAAUGGGUACGUUGAAGUGGGCACAGUGCUGCUCCUUCUCAGCUGGCUUCUCCCCGUUACCAGUUCAAACAUCAAGAAAAACAAAAUAUUCCAUUUAA